AUGCUCUUAUUACGCAAGGUGCUGAUCAAUUUGACGCUACUUGCUGUGAUUCUCGUACUGUUUUACUGCUAUCAAACGUCAAAUGGUAUACACUGGGCAUCACAUACUGCUACAGAGCAGGAAAAUGUUUCGACCACUGAGUCGAACGGUUCUGGUGAGGAUACGAUCUCCACAACUGUAUUCCUCCCAAAGGAAAAGGUUUACUACAAUGUCUGGUGUAUAUUCACAAAAGUUGCUAGCAACUCUCCGAUGAGAAAGAAGUUUGAAAUUUUUGCAGAAUCUUUACUGAGAUUAUCCUCUGUGGACAUAGCAUUUCAUGUAAUAAUUGAUGAUGACAGUAAAGAUGUUGCUGAGAAAGUUUUAGGGAACGUUCUCUUAUUCACAGGAAAGUUUAUGAAGGUGCAAUAUUAUGAUGUACACAAGCUAGCAUUGCAACUGCAAGACAUUGUGUCUGUAAUGUCUCCACACUUCAGUAGCAAGCCAGGAACUUACUAUUCUGAUGCAUUAUUUUUCUUGUCCCUUGGCUUGCAUCGGAUAGCUCCAACUGAACAAAGCAUUGCAGCAAUGUUUGAUGUUGACACUAAGUUCCGUAAGGAUAUCAAGGAUUUAUUUGAAGAAUUCAACACUUUUGGGAAUCAAGCUCUGUUUGGCUUGGCUCCAGAGUCUACACCAGUUUACAGACAUGUUUUGUAUUUGUACCGUAACAAGCAUCCUAACACUCUGUUUGGAGAACCUGCUAGCUCUGGUGGUUAUCCUGGCUACAACAGUGGAGUAGUGCUUUUUAACCUUGACAGACUAAAGAAUUCUUCUGUUUAUGAAAGAAUUGUUAAAAAGGAAAGUGUUGAUGCAAUGACUGAGAAAUAUCAUUUUAAGGGUCACUUAGGAGACCAAGAUUUCUACACUCUUUUAGGAAUGGAGAAACCUGAAUUGAUCCACACCAUAGAUUGUGGAUGGAACAGGCAGCUCUGUACAUGGUGGAGGGACCGUGGUUACGCAGACGUAUUUGGAAAUUAUUCCAGAUGUGAUUCACAGACGAAAUUAUGGCACGGGAACUGCAAUACUCCCAUACCGGAUGAUUAAUCGUCCAUUAUAAUUUUUACGACCAUGACGAGAUGUCUAUUAGA